UGCAUGCAGUAAUGUGAGGCAGGUCUUCCUUGCUGCCGAUAGCUAAAUACAAUGGGGUCUGGCUCCAGAAAAUACUUGGGUUUCCCUUCCAUGCAGAGCCCUGGAGCCAUCAGAGGACGCAUCUACAAUCUAGCAAGCCCUGACAGCAGGAUCCUUAUGGAAUGAGAAGGCUCUGCAUGAUCCUUCAUUUGAAGAUGAAAUGCUUUUCCCGUUACCUGCCUUACAUCUUCAGACCUCCAAACACCAUCCUCUCCUCUAGCUGCCACACAGAAGGUACAGAUCAUCAAAGGGUAAUGAUGGCGUCAUGGAGGAGCAGAAAACCUGUGGCAGUCAAGAUAAUGAGGAAAGAUGCAAUCAGGGCAGACAUCAUACUCCGGGAGCGACGUGUCCUUGAGAUUGCCAGAAACUGCCCCUUCCUGUGCGAGGGUUUAGCCGCCUUUCAGACUAAGAUGCACACCUUCUUUGUCAUGCCCUACAUGUUUGGUGGCAGCCUGGAUUGGUAUCUUACGAUAAAGCGAUCCCUCCCGACCUACGAGGCAAUGUUUUAUGCUGCAGAAAUAACAUGCGGCCUUCAAUUCUUACAUAAGCGAGGCAUCGUUCACCGGGAUAUUAAGCCGGAUAACAUCAUGCUUGAUGAAGAGGGCCAUGCCAGAAUAUGUGAUUUUGGACUGGUGGCAGAAAACAUCACAGGAGGAGUCCUGGCCCAGGGUAGCACUGGGACUACAACCCACAUGGCACCAGAGGUGGCUGCAGAGAGGAGAUAUGGUGCGUCAGCCGACUGGUGGUCACUGGGAGUUACCUUACAUCAAAUCUGCGCUUCUCUCCCCACCUGA